UGUGACCAGCCUCCGUGGUGGAUGCACGUGCUGGACCCGCUCCGGCUCGUCUUUACAGAACUGUUCUGCGCGGCUGUUUCAUCUUUGAAUUGUGCCAUCACCUUUUAACAAUGAACAAUGGUCUAUCCUCAUCAACACAAGCUGCGUUAUAAUGGAAAUACCUUCAAAUUAAUGAUGGCACAAAAUGAAUAGAGAACCUCAUGAAUAACUUGCAGCAGAUUAUAAAUGCCUUUCCAAGUUUUCUGUGUUCAGAACUUAGAUGAGAACAACACCCGUGUGUUCUUAAGCUAUUUGUUCUUGAAGUUUGCUGCUGAUAAGGCAUUUUGAAGUGAACUUUACAACUUAUUAAGCAGAAAUAUUGAGAAAUAGAGCCAGUCAAUAUUGAAGUAUGAUAAGUAGUGGUAUAUACCUGGUUUUGUUGGACUGGUGUUGUGAGGUGCGAGUUCCCAGGAGCAGCGACAUGAGGCUGUGGGGCGGAGUGGUGUUCUUCCUCUUCCUUCUCUCAAUAACAGGUGCUGGUGGAGAGGAGGUCCACAUCAAGCGACUGGAGGUGCCAGAAUUUGUGGCCCUCGGGGACAAGGUGGACCUUAGGUGUCAGUGGGAGGGCCCGAGAGAAAAGCUCUACUCCCUCAAGUGGUACUUCAACGACCUCGAGUUCUUCAGAUAUAAGCCAGAGGACAGCCCCAGCAAGGAAAUUCUUCCGCUCGCAGGAGUCAACGUCAGUAGAGAGGACUCGACCGGGGAGCAAGUGACCCUCACUAACGUCCAGCUCAACUCCUCCGGGAAGUACAAGUGUGAAGUUAUCGGAGAGUGGCCUCAGUUCCUCACUGCCGACAAGAGCUCCAAUAUGACCGUCGUAGAGGUGCCGGAGGACAAGCCGAGGAUCACCGGCACCAGGCACCGCUACCACAUCGGAGACACCGCCCACCUCACCUGCUCCUCCGCCAGGUCCUUCCCGCCGGCCGUCCUCACCUGGUACAUCAACGACAAGGAGGCGCCCAAGGAGUACAUCAUACCGCUAAACAACACAGUCCACAGCAGGAGGCUGCAGGAGGCGCACAAGGGCCUCAAGUUCGUAGUGACCCGGGAUCACUUCCACAACGGCGAGAUGACGCUGCGCUGCUCAGCCAAGAUACACUCGCUCUACCUCAAGACCCAGCAACACACUGUCGACGGCCGCCUCACCUACUUCGUCCCCGUCAUGGAGUCACGAGACAUCUCCGCUGUGUCAGGUGGUGUGGUGUGUGGAGGGCAGCAGCUGGUGGUGACGUUGAUGGCAGUAGUGGAGACAGUGGUGGGCAGCUGGGUAGUGGGCAGCUGGCCGCGGUGACUCUCCUGCACCACCAACACCCACCAUUUUCAACCCUCCACCUCCCUCGCUGGAAUAACAGUACACCAUGUCUAGGCUAGAACACUAGAAAGCUAGCGUUUGGAUUGUGAACUUUUAUUGUCAUUUCUAAGAUAGCUCUCCAAGAUUUAUUAGUGCAAGGUUCAACAGUGAUUGAACUCUCUCGGCAGGUUUUUAUGAUAGAUAUUGCAGAUUCCAUUUCUUCGCAUGGAAUUACCAUACUUUCUAGGCUAGAAACUAUCAUAUCAUAAUACUGCCUAGUUUUGCUAACGCGUCCAAGAUUAAAGAAGUCCUUUUGUGGAUGGCUGAAUUUGUACGUUGUAGCUAAAAUAUAUUGUGGAAUCACGCCUACAACUUUUUAAAAGGUUGUGAAAUUAAAGAUGUAUUAAGUCUUCACACAGUUCUGUAAGCUCAGAAACUAUUAAUCUUAUUAGGCUAUUUGCAUAUAGACCUACCUUUGUUGCAAUUUUUAAUUUGCCUCAAACGUGUUACGGAAUUAAUAGCAGAAUGAUAUGUUGUUGUUGACAUGUGAACCGAAACCUAAGUUGUUGUUGACAUUGAAACUUAAACUGAAGUUGCCGUUCACAUGUAAACAUAAUUCUAAGUUUACAUUGACAAACUUAAGACUUUAAUUAUCAUAACAAGUAAAUUUAACCCUAAGUUGCCACUGAAACAUAAACCGACUACAAAUUCUCCUAAUUUCCAUUAAUUUUCUUACAUGUUAUAUAAUAAUAUAGACAGUCACUAUACAGUCGAAUGUAUAGUUUACAUAGUUUUUGUUCCUCAUAAAUUAUAUAGUUUAGUACGUGUGUAUUACGGGUUAUGCUAUAUAUGCUCACGUGUGAUUAGUUUUUGUCAUGUAACAUCAAUUCUAAUGCAGAUUAAUUUGUCUUAGUCUAAUUCCCGCUGUAUAUAGAACACAUUUAACACUCACACUCAAAUAAACUGAAAAAAAGUAAUUAACAUCCCGCGACUGGAAUGUAUGGUGGCGUAAUUUUUACGUUUUUGUUGGUGUUCAAGCAAAUGUUUUAAAUUCUCAUAUAAUGAAAAGAAGCCUCAUUUAAAACGAAACAAUCAUGCGCUCUCGCUCUAAUAUGAUGUGAUUGUUGUGUGAGUUUUUAUUCUUUUUUUGAGAUCAUAGGUAAGAUUCACGUAUUUUGCGACUUUGACGGUCCCAGCUAGAACAAAGAUAUCAUAUUUGUCUUCAAAACUCUGUCUCUCGAUACUUGAAUCUACACAAGAAAUUGUCAAAAACAGUUAAUAUUUAACGCGCUUUAUGACUCGGACUAAAAAUUAUCAGUAAAGAAAUAAAUAUAGAUUGGCAGUUAUUUUGCGUCUUGUGAGAAGCGAGCAAGAGGGUGAUCGGUUAGGCUAUCCCAGGGCUCUCCUGGUGAGCUCGGACCACUGAUCGGUCACUAUCCCAGGGCUCUCCUGGUGAGCUGGGACCGCUGAUCGGUCACUAUCCCAGGGCUCUCCUGGUGAGCUGGGACCGCUGAUCGGUCACUCUAUCCCAUGGCUCUCUUGGUGAGCUGGGACUGCCAAUCGUUCACUCUAUCCCAUGGCUCUUAGUGAGCUGGGACCGCUGAUCGUUCACUCUAUCCCAUGGCUCUCUUGGUGAGCUGGGACUGCUAAUCGUUCACUCUAUCUCAGGGCUCUUAGUGAGCUGGGGACCGCUGAUCGUUCACUCUAUCCCAGGGCUCUUAGUGAGCUGGGACCGUCCUUAAAGAAAUAUGGAAACAGUUCAAAUGUUUGUGUACAGACUUCAACCAUUUUUUAAGGUUAUACGGUUUUGUAAAAGCUCACUACAAAUUAAUUAGGUUGGAUUGGAUUGGUUUUGGUCUUACAGGGGUUCUAAUGAGCUUUUAUUUAAAAACUAAAAGUUAUUUGGUUUUAAUGAAACUUAAAAAAAUAUAAAGACGAUAAGACCUACUAGAAAAACUCAUUGUAACAAAGAUAAAAAUGUAUAAAUCUCAAAAUAAUGGUUGACAUCAAAAUUGAACAUUUUAGUAAUGAAUGUUUAAAACAGAAUUAAUUUGUUUUAUAUCUAGUGCAUUGAUCUAUCAUACUAAAACCUAAUCUUGAUAUUUGUCAAAUAUAUUUAUUCAAUUAUGUGAAUUUAAUGAAAAACUCUGGGCCUCCCCAAAUUUUGCAUAAAUUUAAAUUUUUAAAGUGUAUAUCUCAUAAUUCUAUGAGUUAAUUUUAAUAAUUAAUAAAUUUAUCAUCGUGAUAGACCUAUACACAUCUUACAUAAUAUGAUAAGUUUUAUAAUUGAUGCAUACAUCAACUUUACAUAAUUGAAUAUAUCUAAUUAACAAAUAUCAAAUUUAGGUUCAGUGCACUAGAUAUAAAAUUAGUUAAAAUUUGAAAAAACAUUCAAUAUUAGAUUUUUCAUUUUUACGUCUAUUAAUCGCUAUUUUUAGACUUGUUUUUAUUUUGUUUACAAUCUGAAAUUUGUUUUGCUAGUAGGCAUUACUGUAUUUUUUUUAAGGCUUAUUAACUGCGGAAUGGUAAUUAAGUUACCACAAUAGUUUAAUGACCAACCAGAAAGUAUAAUUUAGUCCUGAACACAGUUCAAGACAAACGUAAACUCAAUAUAUUCACCGAUAAGCAUGGUACACCCUUAGGUACAUAUAUUUUUAUGUUGGCAAUAAGUUAUCGUGGAGUUGUGGGCGUACGUUAUAAAUUCAAAGUCGUGGAACAUUUUCCUCCAAACUCUUGUGUUAAUCACGAAGAACUCGAGCUCCCGGAACAUUCUACUUGCUCCCUCCACCAGAAAAUAUAGCCUAUCCUCCAGCUAGUCCUCGUAAUCAUCGGUUAGUUGUUUGUUAAUCCAGCCGUGACCCAUGGCCACCCACUCCUCAACCCCAUUUAAUCAACCUAUCCUCAGGUUAUAUUGUCUGAGUUGCCCUAAGGAGGCAUUCAACAAUUUUACGAUACUGUGUAACCAAAAAUCUUAUUUUCUGGGAUAUAACGAGAAUAAUUUGCAUUAUAAUUUUGUGUACUCUCCUAAUUGUGCUUCGGAACUUUGGUUCCGCCUCUCAACUGUCAAUUAACUGGUGUACAGAUUCCUCAACCUGUUUAGCUCUGUCAUAUCUAUAAUUUAAACACUGUAUAGAGUCUGCCUCGACCAUUUGACUACCUAAUGUAUUGUGAUUCGUGAAUAAAAUGUUUUUCAUUCAUAAAUAUAAAUGAAUAUGGCCAUUGUUUAUAAGGACGAGAUGAUUUAUAAAUGAAAAUAUGGAUUAUGUAUGACUCGGUUGAUUAUGUUGAAACUUUUCUUAAGAACGCUUCGUUCUGUUCAUAUUUUCAAAUCCUACCUCACCAAAUGCCUCACCCAUGAACUGCAAGUUAAAUAAUUGUCUGCAGCACCUAAACACAUCCGCUCCCAGUCCUGACUAUACACAAAAUUAUAGUAUACAUUAUUAUUAAUUUAAAUUUGAGCAAAUAUCAUUUGGUUACACAAUAUGUCAAAUAGAAAAUUGGAUCUCUAAGUUGGCCGCAGCUAGGACAAGCUGAGCUUGAGGUUGGGAUGAAACAAAUAAUUGGCAACAGAACCAAAACAACAUACCUUGGGUUUAACUGUACACACAACUGUAAUAUAUAUAAAUAUUAAUAUAUAUUUCAGAAAAUACCGUUAUUGUUCAUACAGUGCUUUAACAUUUAUGAAUGCGUCUUUGGAGAUGACAGCAGCUCGGACCAAUACAGCCUGAGGAUAGGAUUAGAAAAUAUACUCGAUAGCCAUUCACUUCCUUAAGGAUAGAGAACCUUAUAUUCGAUGAUCCUCUAACUUGAUGAUCUUCAUAAUUAGCCGAUCCUCAUGUUUAGAUAGUACUUAUAGUAACAAUUAGGGCCAUCGUCAGAAAGAAAUUGGCAUUAUUGAAUUCGGACAACCCACAAAAGUUUUUGUACUAAUGUUGGAAAGACAACUUAACCUAGCCUAACCUAACCUUCCUAGGCUUAAUACAUGCUAUCUGAGGCCUAAUAUAUUACAGUACAUAUUUGUGCUACAUUUGGCCUAGGAAUAUUUGAGUUUCGUUUUUAGCUUUAUGUUUUCGGACUAUAAAGUCAAUAGUACCAAAUUGUACUAUCUAAUUGUCUAUUACGUCUUUGUAUAUAUAAUGGUCCACAUAGUUAAAAAAUUACUAUCUAAACAGGAGGAUGGGUUGUCAUAUUCAAUAAUCAAAGGAAUAUAAGCAGGGUGGAAUGAAAGUUGAGACUCAAAAUAGUACCAAUAAACAUUUUUGAUUGUAGAUGUUUAAAUUAGUAAACAUGAAAAACAUAAAUGGAGAUAUGAUAAUGUGUAACUAAAGGUGUUUUGUUGUUCAAGAAGCCAUUUUAUAAUCUCAUUAAUAUAUUAUAUUUCUUAAAUUUCUUAUUAUAAAAAGAUUAACUUUUUUGUAAUAAGAAUGUAACAUUAAACAGGUCAACUACUUGGACAUGAGAGACAAGUAUUACAAUGUUAGAUAUGUGAAGGAAAGCCAUGUGAAAAGCAGAGACCUUAAUUAAUGUAUUCAACUCAUCACCAAUGUGGCUGUUUCAGGAAAGCAGGGUACUUUUACCCAGAGAGUUUUUAUUCUGGCGUCUGGCGUUUUUAUUCAAGGGUAGCUGCACAAAUGCAGAUGUACCUAAAUGUGUUAAUACAAAAAAAAGACGGUCCGAAUUCUUACGACGCCUGGUGCACAUAACGUCUUGGGUAACGGGCAAGUUGAUCAUUUUUAACGUCAUCUGGUUUCUUCGGGCAGGGAGACAGUGUCCGGCGUUUGCUUGGCCAAGAGGUGACAGGAGUUUGCGUGUCCUGGUGGGCUCCCUGUGUGCCCUCAGGGCAUGGUGGGCGUCUACACUGGGCAAGCUGUGAUGUCUUUUUGACAUAAUUCAUGCAAUUUACAUUAAGACAGUAUGACAAAAUUUAAGCACUGCACUCCAUGCCAGAGCAAACUAAAUGUAUUUUAUAUAUUUGUAAAAAAAUAGAAUAUGACAAAUCAUAAAAGGUAUUAUGUAUGAAAAAGGAAUUCAAAAUAGGUGCAUAUGACUCUGAUCUGCUGGAUGAUGUUAUUACCAAAGAAGCAUAACACCUAUUGAAUAAAUAAGGACCUUGCUCUGUACACCUUUCUUCAUAACUUAUUCACAAUUCAACCUGUGACUUCGGCCUACUAUGGGCUUUAUUGUUAUUUUCUGUUGAAAAAUCCAAUACGUAUAUAGAUUUUUAUAUUUGAAUAUAUUACUACAAGUAAAAAAAAUCCCUAAAAUGUUAUAUUUUAGGAAAUUCGCCCCAUUCGGCAAUUAUUCCUGUUUUGCAUUUGAUAUAUACGCAUUUAUGUUAUGCAGGGUAUAUAUAUAU